UUCUUCGCCUUGUUUGGAUUCCUGUAUGGAAUAGCUCAGCGGGACAAUAUAGGGUGCGUGAAAUGCUAAAAACAAUGGAACAACUCAGCUCUAAAGAAUAGUCGUGAUUCGCAUUCGAUCUCUCCUUGUAUUAAUCAGGCGCUUAGUUUCCCGAUGGAAUCGUGAAUGGGCACCGUCACUCAGGCCUUUUCUCGUGUUCUUUCACUCCCUUUCCCCAUACACUCACAAGUUAUGGGGAGGUACAAGACUCGAUGAAAUGUUAAAGCAGUGAUGAGGGGAGUCCUUCCUUUCUACGCCCUCACCGCGGAUGCGGUAGGACGCUCCCGCGGCACCAAUUCUAUCAUGUGGCACUUUAUCGGUACAUAUUUCGAUUUCCUAUAUUAUGAUUCGGACCCGCGUCAGGUUUGUUUUUUUGGUACUCGUUCGUAUGAACUAUUUCAAACUGAAUUUGAUAAGUUGUACAACAAAAAAUGCUAACUAAUCCAAAUGGAGCAAGAUAUCGGAGACAAUCGAAGCGCACAUGGAUGAUCGAACACGUUAAAUACCCUAAAGUAACCACUAAUUGACUCUCAGUUUGUUUAAGCCUGACUUUGAGUAAAUUUUAAUAUCUGCAUAGAAAAAAGGCUUGGGUUUAAUGUUUGUGUUUGUGCGUGGCAAAAAAUGCUUCAAGGAAACGCUGCCCUGAACGGCUAAAAAGUCGAAGCGGUGCUAAUAUGGAUCCGCUUGUUAUCCUUUGUUCAUGUUUUGAUGUGCACCUUCAUCA